UGUAACCAUGAGCUGGGCGGUGGAGGAGUGGAAAGAUGGACUUCCAGGGAAAGCCCUGCAGAAGAUCCAGGAGAUGGAGGUCCAGCUGGACAAACUAAAGAAGGAAAGGUCACAGAAACAGUUUCAGAUGGACUCUUUAGAGGCCGCCCUGCAAAAGCAGAAACAAAAGUCGGACAAUGAACGCAGCGAAACCUCUGCUUUGAAAAGAGAGAACCAGUCACUCCUAGAGUCCUGUGACUCUGUGGAGAAAGCUCGUCAGAAGGCAUGCCAUGACCUGGGAGUCAAAGAACAGCAGGUGAGCUACCUAGACGGUCAGCUAAACUCCUGCAGGAAGACUAUUGAACGACUGGAGCAGGAGCUGAAGAAGUGAGUUCACUGUCUGUUUAUACAUAUUUAAGCGAGUAGAGAGGAUGGAUUGUUGACGUUGUCUUUGCUGUUUUUGCUGCU